CAAAUGAUAUACACUUCCUUGUUCUAUAGCCAUCAUUUCACUUAUGCAUUUGUAACAUUAACAUUUUUACUUGCUGUUCAAAGUUAUUUGUUUCAUUGUAUUUAAAUGCAAAAAGAAAAAUGAUACGGCAUUAUAAUGCUAGCAUUGUUCUUUUGGUUUGUGUAAGUAUUUGUUUGGCAAAUAAUAUGUCAGCCAAUAAAUGUGAAGAAGGUUGGUUUGGACCUGAAUGUCGAUACAAAUGUCGCUGUCAAGAAUCAUGUACCUCUGAAGGUGAAUGUCUUGGUCUUUGCAACGUUGGUUGGUUUGGUUACAAGUGUCAAUAUCGUCUUAUUCAUUACAAGGUAAAAACCUAUCAAUCCCAAAUUGAUCUCACAACUAUAUUAAAUGACAAUAAUGAGACAACGUGCAUUGGAAUCGAGGCUGAACCGAUUUGUAUAAAUUUAACUCGUAUAUAUUAUAACCCAUGGAUUCGAUUGUUUAUACAGAAACCAGAUUUAUUAUACGAUUUAGAAAUCUCUUUUCUGGACAAUAACUCAGUAACUGUAAAUGCAGCAUCAGUGGAAAGAAUUUUAUUCCAAGAUAAUGUUGUAGACAUUCACAUUUCGGUAGAUGAUUAUUUUAUAAACUACAUUAUACUUGAGGGUAAAGCAAUCCAACGACUUUGCUCUCUUUGGGUCAUUGAAGGUCAGAAUGUGGCGACAAAACAGAAUGUCCAUUAUAGUAAUUCAAGUAUAAGUCAAAUUGACACAAACCUACCACAGUAUCCUCAAGCUUCAGAUGGAGUUUAUACCUGUAACGAAAAUGACACAAGAAAUGCUGCGGCUUACUGGGAGAUUGUAUUGAUCUCUUCAUUUAUUCUCAAGCAGUAUUAUUUUUAUUUUAAUGAUGUUCUUGGGGAAACAAGAUAUCUCACGCUUCAAAGAUUCAACAACUACAGACACAUAUACGACACAUUCAAUUAUUUUCAUGUGAAUUACUAUUAUAGCUAUUAUGGUGUUGUUACAAGGACUGAUACACUAACAAAAGCGUUUACUUUCUUAGUGACCAACGCAUCUACCUAUAAAAACCUUGCACUUUUACUCUGUGAAGUAGAAGCUAUCACCGAAUGUAGAGAAGGAACCUGGGGUGUACAGUGUACAAACACUUGUAAUGAAAAAUGCCCAGACUUGUGCCGUUUUGAUGAUGGACUGUGCAGUAAUGGUUGCUUUGGAUAUAGUGACCCACCCAAGUGUACACAAGAAUGUGAACCAGGAACCUGGGGUUUAAACUGCACUAAGACAUGCAGCAAUCAAUGUUUUCUUUCAUUGUGUGACAGUGUAACUGGAGUCUGUGAUUUUUUUGAUUACAUUGAUCUCCCGCAUUACACUUCAGGUAGGAUCCUGCAAACCAUGAUGUUUUUAUUGGUCUUUUAUUUAUGUAGUAAUUUACGUUCAAUAUAGUGCAUUUGUUUAUUAUCAAAAGUCCAUUGACUUACUUCGUUCUUGUGUUGUGACUGUUUGCAUUAUCAAAUCCUUCCACUUGUCCUUAACAAUGAGGCUUCGGCCCAUUCUGACAUGUCCAGCCAUAUUUUCUUUUAACCACAAUUUCUUUAUUUUCCCCUUGUUUAUUUGUCUUUAGAAUAUUUGAAAAAAGAUGGCGUGUAAUUAAAUAUCAAAGUAAGCUCAUUACACAUUUAAUUUAAAUUAAAGUUUAAAGUAAGAUGAUGAAUUAUAUUUUUUGUCCUUAAAAUAAAAAAAAAAACCUGCUAAAACCCGAGGACUACGACCGAUUCCCAAUUUAAAUGAAAUUAAUAGUGAUUAUUAUUCUUUGGCUGAUAAAAUGGCGGUAAUCCCAGGUCAAUACCCGAUUAUGCAUAUACAAGACUAUUUAGUGAAGAGUGUCUUUAUAACGCUUGUAUGGACUUCACUGGGAGCGCUUUUCCCCGUACACAAAACUGAAAGUCUACAGUGCUGUAGUUCUCAGGUCAUUUUUAUAUGCAUCAGAGUCCUGGACCCUAUAGAUACGCCACACCAAAAAGUUAAACUUCUUCAACUUCGAUGGGCGGGACAUGUAGUCCCAUGUCAGUGCUAUUCUAUGUUCUGGAGGAAUAUCAUCUGGCUUCGUUGUGACGAUACUUUCAGUAGGCACUGCCUCCCUCUUCUGAGUGACAUUUUAUUACUAUGACAGCUGCUUCAUUAUGAGUAUUACUCCUCGGCUUUGGAGUCGGAUAUUUCGGUGCUAAAAUGUUUUGGCUAUACACAUCUUCCUUCAUUGUGUGUUUUGAGAAAUGUUUCAACUUAGGUGUCUCUUUGUUUUGUAAGUAUGACUGUUUAAA